AACUCCGAGGAACCAAGCAAGCUCACCGACCACUUAAAAAAAAAAAAGCUAUACCCCCCCCCACCUUUCCCAUUUUUUAAAUUUUAUUUUGUAACGGCUUUUCAACAGAUCGGAGUUGGGGAAGCAAGCAAUCCCAGAAAAGCUGCCCUUUGCUGGAAGAUCUGAGCGAAAUUUCAUCCAAGCCACUCCGGGAUCUUAUUUUUAAAGAACCACUUCAUGUCGUUCGCUGGGGCUUCCCCUCGCCCUCCUUCCAUGCACGGUGCAUUAAGAGAAAGUGGCUUGGGAAUGACGAAUCGGCCUUUUCAUUGAGAAAAAAGAAAGCGACGAGGAAACCAACGUGCGAUCGCGAAGCGGGACAAAAAUCCUCGCCGCAUCUGGGAAGAAGGGCUUUCUAAACAUCCGUAGAUUUGGGUGCAGCGUGUGGCUCUCUGGUUUGCUGUUUGCUAUUAAUUUCCCCCUCUGGAGAAGAGAGAAAGUAGAGGGACAAUCCCCCUCCCAAGUUCGCGGUGGAUUUUUUUCCUCGGUCUAAAGCAAAACCUUUCGAUGAUUCUUGCUUGCAACCUGGACUCGAAGAUUUCAGAUGUGUUCUAAGCUUUCUGGAGGGAUAACCAUUCAGGAUACUGAUGGAGACAAGAGCUCAGAAUGGCAGUGGGUUACAACCCUUGCUUCAAGGCCAGCAUGACACUGGGAGACAGUUUGGAGAUUCUGACCUGAGGGAUGUCCUGGCACAACAAGUUCAUGUCUUGUCCUUGGACCAGAUCAAGGCUAUCCGAAAUACAAAUGAAUACACAGAACCCCCUACGGUGGCUCCACGACCAGGACUGAAGCCAGCACCACGUCCACUGCUCCAGCACAAGAGUGAAAGGCCACAUGACUUGACAGAGCAGCGUCAUCUUAACAGGCUUCAACAUCCCCAGGUCCAUGUUUCUUCCCGGGUACCACUGUCCCGUUCCAUUAGCACGGUCAGCAGCACUAGCUCACGGGGUAGUGCAAGGACAAGUACAAGUAGUAAUUCAUCAGAACAGAGACUUCUGGGGUCAUCUCUGGGGACAGUUGUUGAGGGGAUAAUACGAGUACAGCCGAAGUCAGAGCUGAAGUCUCGGGAGCUGAAACCCCCUAGCAAAGAAAGUUUGCAUAUGCAUGCCUACCGAUGUGAGGACUGUGGGAAGUGUAAGUGUAAGGAAUGCACUUAUCCACGGACCCUUCCAUCCUGUUGGAUCUGUGAUAAGCAGUGUCUUUGCUCAGCCCAGAACAUGGUAGAUUAUGGGACCUGUGUUUGCUGUGUGAAGGGGCUUUUCUACCACUGCUCCAAUGAUGAUGAGGACAACUGUGCUGAUAACCCCUGUUCAUGUAGCCAGGCCCACUGUUGCACUCGGUGGUCCACCAUGGGCAUUGUGUCCCUUGUUCUGCCUUGCUUGUGGUGUUACCUGCCAGCCAAGGGUUGCCUUAAAUUGUGUCAGGGGUGUUAUGACCAAGUAAAUAGGCCAGGUUGUCGCUGUAAACAGUCAAACACAGUUUGCUGCAAAGUUCCCAAAGUCCCACCCAGGAAUAUUGAAAAGCCAACAUAGCAUCACUAAUCGGGUAAUAAGAAUGAUUAUAGAACAUCAAAUGUGGCCAACUAAAUGAUCUAUAACUGUGGCAUUGUUUCUUUUGGGGAGGGGGCAGUGAAGAAGGUCCAGCCUCGUGGAGAGGCUUGUUUAGAAUCCGCCCAGUGGAGAUCAGAGUGGGAAUACGCUUUGCAGCCCCUAAGUAUUGCAUAAGCUAAUGAGACUCGAGCUAUUUCUAGGCAAACUCGUGUGUUGUGCGUUUGUGUGUUUUUAAAGGAAUUAGUACACUUGUAAAUUAGAAAACUACUUCAACCCACUCCCAAUUAUUUUCUGCCAGAGAUGUGCUAUAUUUUUGUAUAUAGGAUAUUUUCAACUGUGAAAACACAAGUGUCAUAGAAAAUAUGGCACAAGUCACAAAAUAUUAUACUAAUAUGUUGUACAUUCAAAAGAAUGUGAAUCAAUCCAUAUGGUUUAGAUUGUAUUUUGCCUUAUGAAGCCCUUCAAUUGCAAGACUCUUGAUUUUCCCCUUUUGGACAGUUGCAGUAAAAUUGAGUCUUUAUUUUCUAAUUUUUCAAUAUAUUGUUUAGUGUAAAGAAUAUUUAUUUGAAGUUUUAUUAUUUUAUAAAAAAAGAAAUAUUUAUUUUAAGAGGCAUCUUACAAAUUUCACCCCUUUUUAUGAGGAUGCCACCAUUGCUGCAAAUUAGGGGUGAAAAAUACAUAUAUUCCCUAUAAAAUAGAAAAUAUAUUAACGUUUGAAAUUAAACUGGGCUGCUUGUCAUUUUUUCCCCCCAUUCCCCCCACUUCUUUGAACUGAACAAUUGCAUCUGUAAUUAUGGCUCUUCUGAACAUAAAAAAAAAAAAAGCAACAGGUAUCAAAGAUACUUUUGUAAGCUCUUGUUUGAUCUUCAGCGGAUCCAGAAAUGCAUAAAAAAGUAGGGAUGAAGUAAAGGUUGUUAAAGAGCUUAAGAUCAUGAAUAGUGCCAGCAUAGAUCCAACUAUGGCCUCUGUCAAAAAAAAGGCAGUUGCGUUUGAUAGCAAUGUUUCUUUCCUCCACUAAUGAGAGCAAAUGGAUACAGAGCAGUUGCAGAAUUACAUGGCCUCAGGAAAUGGAUUAUAUUUGUAGAUAUUAGAGGCAGAGAGGUUAACUGUUUAGAUACACAGUUACCAUUUUCAACAGCCACAUGAAUAAUGCCUCUCUUUAGUCUGUGUUAAUUAUUCAGCAAGGUCUGGUGUAUGAAAAGUGCAAAAAAAGAAUGCAAAGAAUAGAAAAGCCAGAAGCAGAAGAAUUUGUCCUGGAAAUCUGAAUGCACUCCAGUUUAGACCAAGCCUCUGGUUGAUGUAUCAUUGCUAUAGCUACCUCUGCAUAGGUAAGUGUCCUUCUGUUACCAAGGUUGCCACAAGAAAACUAAAAAAGAAAUGCCUAGUUGUAUUAACAACAAACUUUUUGUCAUUCAAAGUACAUGCUUCUAAGUCCAUAGUUCAUAAGUGCUGAUUACAUAGAUAACAAAUAAAACCUGCCACAAAUGUGUGUGUGUGUU